GUUGCAGAGUUGGUUGCAGAGUUGCAGAUCUCUCUGAGUUGUCCUCUGUGCAACGGGGUUGAAGAGAAAAUUGUAUUGUAAACAAAGCUAAGGAAAGUCAGCUUUAUGUCGGCGCCCAGAGAAACCACUUCAAUUUUCUGAGAUGAGCUACCUCGGUGGCAAGCAGCAGCCACCAUUGAACCGAUCAAGGCAUCCACCAAGAUAUGGACCUCAGCAGAUUUACCACAACCAGUAUGAGAGACCGCCGGAAACAGGAGGAGGAGGGGUACCGCUGCCACAGCCCGGAGGGCGGUAUAACGUGCCGCUGUCGGCACAGCCCCGCGGCUACGGGCCGCCCCCAGGAGCGGGCGAUGGCCAGCCACUCCAGUACAUGCCCCCGCCGCGGCCCUACCAGCAGCCCAUGCAUGAGAUGGCCAAACAGAACUUGGAGCUGCCCUCGGUGCCGGGCUACCCUGGCCCGCACCAGCACCACCAGGCGCCGGUGCUGCGGCCCGGCGCGCCGCUGGUGACCGGCGCGCCCGGCUACAGCGCGCACCAGAUGAUGGCCGGGCCGCGGCCGCCGGCGCCCGCCCCCGGCUACCCGCCCGGCGGGCACGCCAUCAGUAUGCCACCGCCGCCGGCGCCGCACUCGGCAGCCGCCUUCAGCAUGGCCGGCGGACUGCCGCCAGGACAGGUCAGAGGGGCGCCGCCGAUGAUGAUGUUCUUUUCUCCGGGUCAGGUGCCGCCCGGCGGACAGGGUCACCCGGGCGUGCGUCAGGGGCCAACUGCCUACAUGCCCACACCUCCCGUGUACUCUACCCAGCCACCAUACCAGCAGCAGCUGACUGUCCAGCCUCCUCAGGGUCUGUACGUGCAGGCGCAGCCACAGCCGGCGCCCGGCGGCCAGCCGGCGCCGCCGCAGAUGUGGGGCCCGCCGCCGCCUCCGGCUCAGAUGUCCCUGCCGCCGCCGAUGGAGCCGCUGCAGGCGCGGCGGCCCCAGGAGCCGCUGUACGCGCCGCCGGUGCCGCCCCCGGCUCCCGUGCAGCACCACGCCAGCCACCGGAUCCCCAUCAUCAACCCGGAGACUCACGAGGAGGUGGCUGUGAGCGGCAGUAGUGCACAGACCCCCAGCGGCGUCCCGGAGACGGCGUGGCGGCCGCUGGGCAACGGCGUGUCCACACUGCCCCGCUCGGGCCGCCAGCAUAGCAGCGCCAGCGUCUCCGAGCUGGGUGAGCCGGACAGCCGGCGCGGCCCACGCGCCCGCUCCAGCGCCAGCUACUCCGAGUGCCCGCUGCCGGGCGAGGGCGUGCCCGAGUGGGCGCCGGCGCCCGCCAUGGCGCCCCAGGCGGUGCCCGGGCGCUUCCAGACCCCCACCGCCAACGGCCUGUCCACACACUCGCCGGACGUGAUUCGGCGCCAGGUGAUGAAUUAUGCGUCUCCGGCGUCGACGGUGCGUCAGUCGGAGUGGAACCCCGCUCGGGCGCCUGGCUGGUGUCCACCUGUGCCACCGUCCCGCCCGUCGGACGGUCACUACUCACUGCCGGCCAGCCUGCCCGACCUAGUACCGGUACCGAGUGUACCUCCCGGCCUGCCGCCCCCCGACAGCGCACUGCAGUACAGUCAGGCGGCGCCGCGCCCGGACGGGACGGAGAUGGGCCUCCAGUACGGACAGAGUGUGCCGCCUGCCGUCAGCGCGCGGUUGGAGGGACCCGAGGCAGCGCGGCAGCAGUUCGCACACGGUGUCCCGCCGUCUAUCGUGGACAGUCUGCCGAAGGAGCCGGAGAGUGAGCGGGAGCCAGCGGUCCCAGACGCGACCAGUGUCACUAGUGAGAGUGCUGAUCCGGCCGGAGUGAUUCCGGGCCGCCCCGAGGCUGUGACUGCGGAGCCAGCUAGCUCCGCUGAGGUGGCAACGGGCGAGUGUGUGCCCCUGCAGCAGCUAGAAUCGUCUGCCGUCCAGGAGGAGCCAGUAGAAGAGUCUCCAGAGGUGGAGACUGCCGAGGAGGCAGCUGCUGAGCCGUCCCUGCCAGAGGCUGUGACAGUGGCCACCACGGAACUGGAGCGGCUGGCUGUGUCUGCAGCUGAUGAGGCGCUGGCCGCCGCCCCGCCGCUGGAGCCGGCUCCUGAGUCAGUGUCGCCGGCACUGGACUCUGACCAGCCGGCUGAGUCCACUGAGGAGGUCCCUGCGGCGCCCGAGGAGGUGGUAAAGUCGCCUGUGACCGCGGUGGUGGUAAACGGGUCCCAGAGUCACUCCUCCGUAGUGUCGGACAAACCGUAUGCGCCGGUAGUGCCGAUUGAACAGAAGGCGCCGCAUUUGAAUGGUCAGAACGGCGGUCAGUCGGCAGCUGAUGAGAAUGGCGUGAAGGAAAUUCCGCCAGCGGGGCCACAAGAGCCGACGCCGGAGCCUGAGGAGCCGAAGGAAACGGCGGUGGUCUCUGAGGAGCUUCAGGAGGUGACAGAUGGGUCUAAAGAGCCACCAGUUGAGGUAACUACCGAGUCACCGAGCGAGCAGAGUCCGGAGCCGACUCCGGCCCUCACACCGCCCUCCGAGGACACUCCGGCCGACAGCUCCGCCCAGGGCACCCCGGCCAGCACUCCGGCCGACACUCCGUCGUUGGGCACUCCGGUGGGCACUCCGUCGGGCACCCCGGCUGCGUCGCGCCAGGGCUCCCCACCGCCUGUGAACGGUACGGCGGGCCGGCCGGUGCAGCCCGCUACAGAGUCGCCGCCGCGUCACCUCGCCGCCAAAGGUGACGGCCGGCCGACUCCGCCAGCUCCGGCGCCGUCACACGCCGCCAAGAAGCACUACGGCCGCUCGGAGCUGCUGGCGCUGCAGCACGCGCCUCUGUCGCAGCAGCGGCCGGCCGCGCUGCCCGACCUGCCGUCGGUGGUACGACGUGCCGGAGCGACCACCGACCAGCGCGCCGCCGCCCUCAAACCGCGCCCCAUCGGACCGGGAGAGUUCGCCUCCGGCUUUAAACCGGCCGUCAUGGGUCCGCCGGGCAAGUACCGCGGCCGCAGCUCUCAGGGCGGAGUCGGCGGCGGCGGCGGCGGACGGCGUGACGGGUCACUCCAGUCGCCAGCGCCGCCCGUGCGCCGCAUCGAGAUCAGUCGCGACGUCAAACUGCACACCACGGAGAACGCGUGGAAGCCGGGCGCCGCCAAACCGGGCGCCGAGAGCGCCGAGGAUUCGGCCGACGCCGAGGCGCAGCUGGUGGCGCGUCUCAAGGGCAUCCUCAACAAGAUCACGCCGAGCAACAUCGAGAAGCACAUUGAGAACAUCCGCCAGCUGGAGUUCAACACGGACGAGCGGCUCGGGAAGAUGAUUAAUGUGCUGUUCGACAAGGCAGUGAACGAGCCGGCCUACGCCAGCCAGUACGCGGCAGUGUGUCUGGCCAUGACCAAACCCCCGGCCGGCAGCGAAGACGAGAGCAAGAAGGCCAUGUCCAUGUUCCGCAAGCUGCUGCUGACACAGUGCCAGCGCGAGUUCGAGAAGGACAAGUCGCUGGAGCUGAACCUGGGUGAGCGGCAGCGAGAGAUCGAGGCGCAGACGGAUCCGGUGGAGCGGCGCGCCAAAGAGCGCGCACUGGAGGAGGCACAGCGUCAGGGCCGCCUGCGCUCCAACGGAAACAUCCGCUUCAUCGGCGAGCUCUACAAGCUGAGCAUGCUGACAGACCGUAUCAUGCAGCAGUGCAUCACCAAACUGCUCAAGGACCGGCACGAGGACUCGUACGAGUGCAUGUGCAAACUGGUCUCCACAAUAGGACAGAAGCUGGAAGUGGCGGAGAAAAAACAAGGCCGUGACUUGGGCAAAAUGUUCGCCGAGUUCGAGCGGCUCUCGGUGGAUAAGAAGCUCUCGUCUCGGAUCCGUUUCAUGUUGCGUGACCUGAUCGAGCUGCGUGCCAACCAUUGGGUGCCGACGCGCACCACGGCUCAGCCGCGGCCUAUGACCAUCGAGGAGGUGCACGAGCAGGCGCGCCUGGCUGAGGCCAAGCAGCAGGCGGCGCUGGCGCAGGCCGAGGACCGGCGGCGCAGCGAGCGGCGGCGCGGCGGCGGCGGCCGCGACGCGCCGCGGCCCGGCGGCGACGGCUGGAGCACGGUCGGCCGCAACUCGCGGUACGACGCCAGCCGCAUGAUGAGCGCCGUCAGCGCCACGGCCGCCGCGCCGCCGCCGGCGCAGCUCAAACUGGGCCCCGGCGGCGGCAGCGGCUGGGGACUCGGUGCCAAGGGAGCCUCGCCCCGGCGGGCCUCUCCCGCUACCACCCCCGGCUCGGGCGCUAACCGGUUCCAGGCUCUACGGGCUGAGGCGCGCAGCCGGAGCCGCGGCGGUUCGGCCGAGCGCUCCGGGAGCAGGAACAGCUCUGCGGAUCGGGCGCCACCACCGCCGGCCGCCGCCGCCUCGCGGCUCAAGGGCCCCGCGGACGCGGACGCGGACUACCUGAAACGGCAGGCGCGAGCCAUCGUCGGCGAGUUCCUCGAGAAUGGGGAUGAGGAGUCUGCGAUUGUCGACUGCGAGGGCCACCUGCACGACAGCACCUUGGCCGACUUCGUCACCCAGUCUCUGGAGGCGUUUGUGGACGCCCGCUCGGCUCGCGAGCGUCAGGCGGCCGGCCGGCUGCACGCGCUGCUGCUCCAGCGCGGUCUGCUGCCGGUGGCGGCGUACGUGAGCGGCGCGCGCCAGCUGCUAGACGUGUCUGCCGACCUGGCCACGGACGUGCCGGCCGUGUGGACCAACCUGGCGCAGCUGAUGACGCCGCCGCUGCUGGCGCCCGGCGCCGGGCUCUCGCUGUCGGCGCUGGCGGCCGCCGCGUACGGCUGCGUCCAGGACGGCGGCGGCGUCAAGCUGACGGUGGCCCUGCUGCGCCAGCUGCGGGCCGAGGACGAGCAGCGGGCCCGGGAGCUGGUGCCGGCUGGAUUCAACUGGCAGCGGCUGCUCGGCGACCGCGAGCCGCUCGCAGUGCUCAAGGAGGCUGACCUCGAGUGCCUUGUAUCGGGCGACCCGUCGCCGCUGCCGGCCGACCGGGCGCCUCCGGUGCCGGGUCUGCGCGCCCUUCUGGACGCCAUCCGUUCAGACGUACCCCUGGCCCGGUGGCUGGAGCUCAACUGCCCGCAGCCGGAGAAGCGGCAGCACCCGAGCUUCGUGGCCGACCUGGUGGCCGCCGUCUGCUUCGACGCCCUGAUCGCAGAGUCUGGCGCGCUGCGGGUGGCGUCGGAGCGCAUUGAGCGCUACUGUGACCUGUUGCGACCGGUGCUGGAGCCGGCCGAGCGACAGGAGGCGGCUGUGCGCGCCGCUGCCGACCUGGUGCGGCACCUCGACUGUAGUACAGACGUGCUGGAGCAGCUGCUGGAGCGGCUGCUGACGCUGCGGCUGGUCUCCGAGCCGGCGCUGCGCCACUGGCGGGAGGCGGUCGGCGGCGACCCGAUCGUGCCGCCUCUGCGCUUCCUGCAGCCGUGACCGGCGCAUGACGGAUAGCCUAAUGGGGGGGGGGGGGGGGACGGCCAGCUCCACUGCCGCCGACUGUACAGAUAAUCGGCCGGGCCGACCGGACGGGAACGAUGACUGCCUCCACUGCAGGGCCGGGCCGAGAGAGAGAGAGGAGCUACACAGAGAGCUAUUUAAACGCAGAUAGGGUGAAUUUAUCUGGGCGUGACCCCGCGCCGGCCUCGCACGGAGACCGGCCGGGCGGAGAGGAGAGGUAGAAGUCCAGAGAGUGAGUGCCUGCUCCGCGCGUCUAACGGGUGUCGAGCCAGAGCCGGAGGAUGCCAGCGGCCCUCUGCUGGCCAGAUCGCGCCGCUUUAUAUUAUGAAACAAAGGAUAUUUUAAUAUAAAAAUAAAGUGGUCA